AUGGAAGCCAGCCACAUACUACUGGGAAGGCCUUGGCAGUUUGAUAGGCGUGUCAUCCAUGAUGGCUUCACCAACAAACAUUCUUUUGAGUUCAACGGCAAGCGAACUGUCUUGGUACCUCUAACUCCUAAAGAAGUGCAUGAAGAUCAGCUUCAGCUUCAGAAAAAGAAAGAGAUUGAUCUCAAACCAGAUAAGCAACACAACUUCUAUGCUAAAGCUAGUGAAAUCAAAAGAUCUCUUUAUUCUCAUCAAUCAGUUCUCUUAUUUAUUUUUAAAGAAUCUCUUUUGUCUCUAACUGAUUGUAUACCGGUGUAUCCGAGUGAGAUGUCAGCUCUUUUACAGGAAUACCAGGAUGUAUUUCCAGAAGAUAAUCCCAUAGGUUUGCCACCUAUUCGAGGGAUUGAGCAUCAGAUUGAUUUUGUACCAGGAGCUACUCUUCCCAACAGACCAGCAUAUAGAACUAAUCCUGUGGAAACUAAGGAGCUACAAAGACAGGUUGAGGAACUGAUGGAGAAAGGCCACAUCCGUGAGAGUAUGAGCCCCUGUGCUGUGCCUGUGCUCCUUAUGGAGUAA